CUGAAUUUGGGAUUGGGGGAUGAUUUUGCGAAACUUUGGUAGGCAUCUACAAAAAAAAAACGACAACAACGGUCGUCAUACUCUGCAGACGUCAAAUAAACAGCAAACUCGAAUGACACCAGAACGCGGUGGUGUUAAACACGGGCGAAUGGGGCUAUUGAAGUAACUGUAAAUAAACCCCAAUAGCAGUAAGCAGCAACAACAAAAAUAACUCAAAGUUACCAACCAUACCAAAGCAGAGAGAUACCACAACGCCAAUCACAACAACAAAAGUUUUGUUCUGUUUUGAAGAGGUUUGCUUUGGGGGGUCGGUUAGGCGGAAAAUACAAAACACACAUUUAUUUGCCAGCCAGCCAGGGUGGGGACGACGGACAGCAGCUGACUGCUGGCAAGCGGCGACUUACGAAGAUAAAAUUUAACCAACAACAAAUACACACCAAUAUGCAGAGCUAACUCGGGAGUAUGAAAGAGCCGACCAACCAACAGAGAAAAUUUUCAAUUCGAAAAUAACUGCUGCAAGUUACAACAAUUAUCAACAGCAGCAGCGGCAGAGGAAAUUUUCCUCCAUCACUACCGCCUUCGAAGUAGAGAAAAUAGAACGCAUGAAUGUGCAUGUAACGAACGACACGACCACGAUACGGAUGGUCAAACGGAAUACGGAAAACGCAUUGGGGAAAAUUGUUAUGAAAUUUUCAUUAAACAAAAUUGCAAAAGAGAGUCAAUAAGAAAAAAGUUUUCCAAUAAGUGAAGUGUUGCCUGGCAAAAGAAAUCAAUUAAAAAAAGUUGUGAAUAAAGCAGAUAAUUGCUUCAAGGAAAAUUAAUUAAAGAAAAAUCUAUGGAAACAGUGAAAUGUGGUGAUUAAAAAAAGUUUCCAUAAAAUAAAAAUAUUUUUUUAAAUUAUUUGUACCAACCCACAACUCAUUUUCAUUACUGCUGCACACAACCAACCAAUCAUGUCAACCGAAAGCAAUAACACGCCAGUGGAUCCACGCGUUCAAAUUGAACUGGAGAAACUCAAUACUGCAACGGACAAUAUCAACAAGUACGAAGUGGAACUUGAUGAAGCAAAAUGUGAAUUUAAACGAAUUUUGGCUGAAAGUGUGGUGAGGAUAAAACAGUCUGCGCACAAAUUGGGUAAUUCCAUAGAAGCGGCAAAGCCUUACUAUGAGUCUCGCAUAUAUGCCGCACAGCUAGCCAAAGAAACCCAAACGGCAGCCUCAAAUUACGAAAAGGCCAAAUCCAUACAUGCUGCGGCCAAAGAGAUGGUCUACCUUGCAGAGCAGGGUCUAGGCGAGAAGUCAACAUUGGAUACAGCCUGCCAGGAGAUGUUAAGUCAUGCUGCCAGCAAAGUUAAUCAAUCGCAACUGGAGGUUACCGAUGCUCGUAAUUCAUUGAAAAUGUGUCAAUUGAAGCUGGAAGUGGCUAAUAAUCGUGUUGGUAAAUUACAAGGACAAUUACGACAGGCCAUAAAGGCAUCCAGUUUUAAUAUUAGAAGAAAUUUACUUUUAAUUAAUUUAUUGGCUUGCCAACAUGAUUUCAAUAAUUUACCCUACUACGAAACCCGAGCCAACUACAAUGGUAUACUCAAGGCGCAAAAGGAGAAAAUCAACAGUUUGGAAAAUAAAGUAUCCGAGGCGAAAAUGACCUACAAUGAGGCACUGAAGAAUCUGGAACAAAUAUCCGAGGAAAUACAUCGUCAGCGGCAACAGCAGCAACAGAAUUUGCUGAACUACGAGUCAAUGAUCAAGCAGGUGGAAGAUACUGCCUCCAAUUAUACAUCGUCCUCGGGCGAUAUGGGCACUUUCCAGCAUUUCUCUUGUGACAUCGACACCAACGAUGAAUACCUGGAGAUGCCCGAUAAGCUGAGCACCAACUCCAGUCCCAUACGCCAAAGACAUCAGGAUGAACAUGAAUGCCCGCAUCUGCUGCAAGACUUUGAGUCUGUUCUAACGUUUCCCCAGAAAAUUGCCGGUGGCAUGCACAAAUCUGCGAGUACGAGUAACACCAGCGAUAACCUUUUUGCCCAAGCUCAAUUGCAUGGUCCGUACGAGGUGAAAUAUUGCUCCUCCAUUGGCAGUGGACAGAAUCUGAAUACGGACAACAGCUCCAGCACGGGCAGAGGAGGUGGUGGCAGCAGUAGUGGUGGGGGCGGAGGUGUUGGCGGUCAUGGCCUGUCAGCUGAGAAUGAUGACAAUGACAUUGAACAAUGGACAGAGAUACGUCUGUCGCAUUCCGAGAGCACAAGUUCCAGUUAUUCCAAUCAAAGUCUGCUACAUGAUCAUGCAGAUGGCGCUGCCGAUGAUGCUCAAUCCCACCACUCAUCAUCCUCCUCAUCGGAUGAGCCCAAGCGCAAGGUUACCUGCACUACCAUAUUCCAGGAGGAGCAGCUAAAUCGCAAGCAAUCCCUCACCCAAUGGCUAUCACGUUCCAAUAGCCUAAAAGUGGGAGGGCGUCGCCAAUCAUUGGAUCUUCUCAUCGAUGCCAGCGACAAGGUGAAGGAUGUUUUCUCCUUUGGCUUUCAAAGGGUGGGUCGUUCGCUGGAGCGGCGCAACAGUGAGUCUGAGAUGAACAGCGAAAGUGGGCCCAAUGGCAGCAACAGCACAGCCAGUGGUGGCGGCGGCGGCGGCGGCGGCCCCUCCUUGGGUGGGGGAAGCCAUACAUCCUCCACAUCCAAUACCACCACCUCGGCCGGUGACUUCUUUCUCUUCUCCAGAUCUGAACCCAAAGAAUUGCUAUCGGAUGAGCAAGUGGAGAACCUUUUACUUAGCCAUUCCGUGGAUGAGAAUGGAACGAUAAUCGUAGAAGAACUUAAAUCACCACUGCAACAGCCAGCGGGCAAUAAAUAUGGCAUACCAUCACUAUUGGUUUAAAACUUCUAGCUUGCCAAAGGAAUCUCAUAGGAAUUUGUAUAUUUUAGUUAAGUUUUCUUUUCAAUAAUUUAUAUAUUAUUUGGGCUUUUUAUUGUAGUACAACAAAAAACAAUAUAUUUAAGAAAACAUAUCAGAUUAUCUUACAACUACACACAUACACGCAAACAACUGGAAAAUAUCAUCAAAACUUUAUGUUGUAUACGAUAAGAGAUUUCGUAAAGAAAGAAUGAAUGAAAUACAAUAAUUGUUGCAUGUAUGCUAUUUGAGAAUUUCUCGAUUUUUUGAGGGAUUUAUUUAUUUCUUUGUUUAAAACAUUUAAAGUUUUUCGGCCCAACAAAUGUCACCCAAGUAUUGGACUGGAUUAUAAAAAAAAUAAAAAAAAAACAAAGAGGAAAGAGAAGAUUUUCACAAAAUUUCCGUGUGAAACCUGAGUUCGUGAAACCUGAUUUCUUGUGAUAUUCCAUAGAUUGAAAUGAAUUUGUUACUUAAAUACUUUUCAGAAAACAAAACAAAACAUUUUUUGUACUUCUCAGUAGCAUUGUUAUAUAUAUAUUUUUUUUCAAUUGUUUUUUUUUAAUAAUUUUUUUGUUAAGGAAAUAAAGGCUAAUUCAAUAAAGACAAAAUGAAAAUAAAAAGAAAAAAUGUUUUAUAAAAAUGCUAAAUAAAAACAGAAAAACAGCAUAUAUAUCUAGACAUACACAUCUAUUAAUAAUUGUGACUUAGAAUUUUAUUAAAACCAAAAAGUAAAUAAAACUGAUAACAACAACAACAACAACCAUUGAUAUUACCAGACAUUUAAUUGAAAGAGUUUGUUAGUGACAAUUGAAAUAAUUUAUUGUGAACAAUUUGAAUUCUAAAGAGCAACUGAGAUGAUAGGUUCGAAGAAUACAUUUCUUCAUAGUUAUGUACGUUAUAAUAAUUAAUAAAAAUAAUAAUAAUUAUGAAUAAUUACUAGCAUAUACAGAUAAUAAACAACAAGAAA